AUGGGAAUGGGAGAGGUUUGCUUUCAAGAUGCAACAGAUUGGGACCGACGAUGCAAUAGAAAGUGGCAAACGUCUGAGCCCGCGAAGCGACUCGGAGAGAAACGAGUUCAGAAACGUGGUAAAGGUAAGGAAGAAAUUAUUUACCGACACAUAAUUGCCAUCUCAAGUCUAGAACGGCCAGGAGGAGGAGGAGGAGGAGGAGGGAGGGAGUUGGAGAGAUGGGAUGGACGAUGGUUUGGUGGGAUCGUGAGCCGAAAAGUCGUUGGACUAAAGCGAAAGCCGGACGAUCACCGAGGAGGAAUGGACUGGCCGGAGUGA